AUGGCCACAUGGCUGAAUGGUGUCGGUGCGGCUUUGGGCGCUCAAUUGCCGGCGCUGCCAUCCUGCUGGUACGAUGCAGAGCACUGUCUGCCGUCGAUGCCUUGGAAAGAGCGCCAGAUGAACGGCUGCUUUACCUUCGAGGUGUGCUGUAUCUUCGACGGACAUCUUGGAGAAAGAUGCUGGGUUCCUGAUUCCUUGUACACCUAUGAACGCUGCUGUUCGCUGGCGAUUGGUUCUGACAACCAGCGUCACAUCCCGUUGUGGCACUCCAAGCAAGUGCUGGUGAAGCUUGAAGAGCAGUUUGCAGAAUCUGCAGCCUACAGAGAAAGAGGCCGCAUCCUCACACUUGACCAGGAUGUACCUGGCACCUUUGAAGGGGAAUGGCAGAUUUAUCAACCUCGCAACGUGCCCUUGGUGCUGUGGGAAUCUGGCUACCUGAUGAUGCGCUGGCUGGAACAUAAAGCCACCACUUCUCGCAUUUUCAGAGGCAGCCGUGUCCUCGAGCUGGGUGCCGGCAUCGGUCUUGCUGCAAUUACAGCCACGCUUGCUGGAGCGAAGGUGAUGGCGACGGAUGGCUCUAGUGACGCACCAUGA